AUGCAGCAGCAGCAGCGGUUCCUGCAGAGCGGUGCGGACGCCGGCGCCGGCGCCGGCCGCUUCAGCUUCGGCCUUGGGGGCACCCCAGGGCGCGGCAGCCUGGCGUUCUUUGCUGCAGCCGCGCGGGGCAGCGCGGCGGGUGCGCUGGUGGGUGGCGGCGUGAUGCGUACGCAGCAGCAGCAGCAGCAGCAGCACCAGCAGCAGCAGCAGCAGCAGCAGCACUACAAGCAACAGGGGACGCCCGGCCGCAGCGGGACCAGCCGCAUGAGGUGA